AUGGCUGCUGCUCUUCUUUUGAUAUCAAUACUUAGCAUCAAAUCUAUUUCAAUCAAGCAAUCAGCACUCGCAAAUCACGAGAAUGCAGAGCCAUAUAAAGCAAAAGACAAAAAGAGCAUUUUAGAUAAUGGUUCUGACACAUAUGAAAUUAUAGAACACUCUGGAAGCAGUCCUUUUGAAUCAAAUUCACAAACUCAUCCUGAAUCAGAAAACCUAUCGGACAUUUCACAAUUUCCUUCACAAAGCGAAAGUUCCAGCUCAAGCUCCGAGACAUUAAGCGAGACUUCUUCAAGCCCAUUUGAAAUUAGCACGCAGAGCUCUUCAACAGAAAAAUCUACUGAAAUAUCGUCAAGCUCCACACAUUCUUCUGAAUCGUCUGAACAAGAGACAUCAUCACUAACGUCAUCAGAGUCAAAUUAUUCAUCUUCACUAUCUUCAGAAGAGUCUUCAUCUGAAAUAAUUCCAACAAAAUCAUUUACCUCAACCCCAACCCAAACUCCUUUAUGUACAACACCUAAUACACAUAUCACAGUUCCACCUUCAUCUACCGAUUCCAGCAGUAACUCUUCACCAAUUACUCCAGAUAAUCAAAAAACUGGAGGAGACAAGAAGAAAUUCCCUGUAUGGAUACCAAUUGUUGUAGUUAUUGUUGUUGCACUAAUUAUUGCCGCUAUUAUUUUUGUCCUUAUUAUCGUUAAGAAUCAUAAACGCGAGGAAGAUAGAUUUGAUAGCUUCGGAUUCAAUCUUAUUGUUUAA